AUGCGCCCACCAUUAGGACCGACCCAUAAGCCAAACAUCGCGGCGUCGCCUAAAUCUGCCAUAAAGUCGUCCAAAAAAGUGCAUUUCCCUCGCAAUUCAAAUUGGAUGAAAGAGAUCCGGCGCUACCAGACGUCCGUCGACUGUCUCAUACCUCGGCUACCGUUCCAACGGCUGGUGCGCGAGGUGUGCGCCGACAUAUUGGUCGACACCGAUCUCCGGUGGCAGGGGUUGGCCAUCAGUGCCCUCCAAGAGGCGGCUGAGACCUGUUUGGUGACACUCUUCGAGGACGCGAACCUCUGUGCCAUUCACGCCAAUCGUGUGACUAUUAUGCCCCGGGAUCUACAGCUGGCCCGUAGGGUCUCUCGCAAUGUCUGA